CUACAGGAAUGGGAGCUGGUGGUGCUGGGGAAGUUGAAGUGGAACCUUGCAGCUGUCACCCCGCAUGAUUUCAUUGAACACAUCCUAAGGAAGCUGCCUCUACCUAAAGACAAGUUGCUUUUGAUCCGGAAGCAUGCACAAACGUUCAUCGCCCUUUGUGCCACAGAUUUUAACUUUGCCAUGUACCCACCGUCAAUGAUAGCAACUGGAAGUGUGGGGGCAGCCAUCUGUGGCCUUAAACUUGAUGAUGGGGACAGCCUCACGGACCUCCUGGCCAAGAUCACAAACACAGAUGUGGACUGCCUUAAAGCUUGUCAAGAACAGAUCGAGGCGGUGCUAGUAAACAGCCUUAGUCAAGUCCGGCAGCAGCAACAGCAAAGCAAUCCUUCUAAGACGGUGGACGAACUGGACCAGGCCAGCACUCCCACAGAUGUGAGAGACAUCAACCUGUGAGGACAUCAGCACAGAAAGUCAUGCUUGCUCCCCCAGCCCUUCUAUUUUUGUUAUUAUUUUUAGAGUGAUUUUUUUUUUAAUCUGCUCCCACAUAGAACGUAUUUACAGCUCUUCUAGGUAAAAAAAAAAAAAAAAAAGUACAAAAACUGAAUAAUGAAAAUUAAAAAAAAGCAUUUGGUGCCUGUGAUGUUCUACAGAAGGGAAUCCCACAAUAUAUUUGGUAAUUGCUAUUUGAUUAUGUAUCAGUGAUAUUAAAUGCUUAUAAAAGCAUACAAAGUAGCUAGAUAAAUGUAAGCCUGCAUUUGUGGGAACAAAGUAGAGUAUACUUGUCUGUGUAUUAUGACCUAGUGCAUACACCCCUUUUUUAGAUUUAAGAAAGGAAUCGUGUGUGCGGUUUUAUGGCUUGACUAGAUUGCAAAGCAAUAGAAUAAGGGGUUUAGGGCAAAGUGGGAAAAGAUCCCUGAAGCAAUUGAACCAUUUUGAAUGCAGAAGAGAUUUGCUGAUCUGUCACCUCUGUUAUUAGUCAGAAGUGUUUGUUGGAUCUCUGUAUGUUAGUUUUGUUUACUCUUGCUGUCUGUGGUAGCUGCUACCU